GUAGGGCUGGGAUUUUGAUGCAAAGGCAUCUUUUUUUCUGGUGUUUUGAAACAUUGGUCCGUAAGUAUAAAAUGUGUUUUGGGUGAUACUGAUUAUUUUAAAGAAUUUUUUAUUUUGCAUUUUUUGCAUUUUUUGACAAAAUUAACUCUUAAAUGCAUUUUUAGGACAUUUUUUAUGUUUUUAGUGCAUUUUCUUGGUUUUUAGAGCAUUUUUCAUAAUUUCUUCAUAAAAUGAACGAAAAUUGUUGCGAUUCACAAAAAACUUUCGGCAAACUGCUGACGGUACGCUAGGGUUUUCCCCGAAAAUUAUCACCGUUAUAUUAUACCUAUUAUGAAUUAUUAUUUUUAUUACACCAUACAUACAUACAUAGGUACAAGUUAUCGUCGAUAACAAUUUUAUCAUAGCUAGGCUUAGAUAACUAUUACUGAAUUAGUAACCAAUUAGUACGUCCGCCGUCGUAGUCUCGAUAGCAUUCGUUGUGUUUCGUCGUGUCGUGUUUUUUCGUGUGAUUCAUAAGUUCAAUAUGCCGAAAGUAAAAACGUCGAAAUCAAAUCGAUUAACGAAAUAUGUAAAUGAAUUCGGUAAAGAAUUUUUUUCUACAGACGGUGAAAUAUUAUUUUGCAAAAUAUGUGAAAUAAAAGUGGCUUCUGAAAAAAAAUUUACCGUUGUACAACACAUUUCCCGAGAUAAACACGUUCAAGGAUUACGUCGCCGAGAACUUAAAUCGGACCAACAGGUAUCCACAAUGCAAUUUAUAAAUGAAAAUCAGCUAUCUCCGUUUUCUUAUGAUUUGACUAAUGCCUUUCUUUCGGCCAAUAUACCACUUAAUAAACUUGAAAAUCCAAUAUUAAAAGGUUUUUUAGAGAACUGUGAGGUAUUGGAAAAAGCGAACCAUUCUACUGUUGCUAAAAUGUUCAAUAAUUCUCUAUCUUUAUUGUGGCCUGGAGGUAUUCAAUAUGACAACGUAUUACUAUUUGUAAGUGAUGCAGCACCUUACAUGGUGAAAGCUGGAAAGUCAAUCCAGUCAUUUUAUUCAAAAAUGAUACAUGUGACUUGUAUUGCACAUGCCCUGCAUCGAGUCGCUGAAGAAAUAAGAGGGAAUUUUUCGAAAGUAGAUAAAUUAGUUUCAAAUGGGAAAAAAAUAUUUUUGAAAGCACCUUCCCGCGUAGAGAAAUUUAGAGAAAUAGCAAAAGGUAUACCUUUACCGCCGCAACCAGUUAUAACUCGUUGGGGAACGUGGUUAAACGCUUCAAUUUAUUACUGCGAACAUUUUGAAUCUAUCAAAGAAGUUGUCAAUGCACUUGACAGUGAAGACGCUAUUUCUAUUAAAAAAGUGCAAACAGUAAUUAAAAGUUCUAGCUUACACAGGAAUUUAAUUUAUAUAAAAGCGCAUUUCGGUACAUUGCCUGAAUCGAUUACUAAAUUAGAAACUCGUGGACAGACUUUAUCAGAAUCUUUAAGAGUAUUAGAAGAUAUAAGAGUUUUAAUAAAUGAAGCACCAAAUGAAAUUGGUACUGCAAUAAAUAAAAAAAUGGAAAAUGUUUUGAAUAAAAAUAAAGGGUUGAAAAUACUACAAAAUAUUUCAAAAAUUAUAAAUGGUGAAAAACCAGAUGAAAACAACAUACCGGAAGAUAUAACGACGGACGAUAUUUCACACUUUAAAUAUGCUCCAGUAUCAUCAGUCGAAGUCGAAAGAAGUUUUUCUACUUACAAAAGUAUAUUGUCCGACCAACGACGAUCAUUUUUAUUUGAAAAUAUAAGACAGCAUAUCAUUAUUCAGUGCAAUAGCGAUUUUGUUCAGAAUGAAUGAUUAAGAAAACAGAAGCAUAAAAAAACUAAAGAAGCAACAACGUACAAUAAACAAAAAAAAAUACAUUACUGUAGUAUAAUUUAAAUUUUUUUCUAAUUUUUAACCUAUAAUAAAUAUAAUUUAAAUGCAUUUUUUUAGUGCAUUUUUUGAGUUUUUUAA